GAACCAGAUGCCGGGGAAGGGCACGUUUGGAGCACGACUUAUCUGUGCAGAGCCGAGUGGGGAAAUACGCCGAAAUUGGUUUCACCUGCACGCAGCCCUGCGGCUGGGAGUGCGCCUCUGGAUUGAUGCCGCGGGAUGAGAGAGGCACAGAGCUGGCUUGUCUGCCGCCCGGGGCCGAGCGGAUUUUGGAAGGUUGCAUCUUACACCUUCUGGGCCCCUCUGCCAUCUCCUGCCAGCCCUUGCUCCUCUAUCUUACCUUCCCCGACCCCCACCCCCCAAAGUGUGCUAGGAGCUCCGAUUUCGCCUUUGAAAAAAGCAGCCUCUGAUACUUUAGAGGAGCACCUCGCAGAUAGCUGGGUUGCUUGAUUUGAAUUUGAGGAGUUGAAAAGCCUGUUUACUUUCUUGCUUUGAUGUUGGGUAGAUCUGGUUUUGAUUAGAUCAAUACCCUUUUCUCUCUCCCACCUCCCCCUUCCUUUUCUUUUCAGAGAGGAGGCUCUGAUGAGCCCCUACUGACUUGAGAGAGAAAGAGACCACUCCCGCCAGUUGCUGAGAGGAACUAGAAGAAGGGAAAAAAGUCCCCAAACUCGGUGAGAAGCGCUCCCUCACCAUGAGCAGCGCUGUAUUGGUGCCACGCCUCCCGGACCACAGCAGCAGCUUCCGAGAGGAUGCCCCGCGGCCCCCGGUUCCCGGGGAAGAAGGGGAGGCCCCACCGUGCCAGUUCGGAGUGGGCAAGGGUCAGGUCACCAAACCCAUGCCUGUCUCCUCCAAUGCCAGGCGGAACGAAGAUGGGCUAGGGGAGCCCGAGGGGCGGGCGUCCCCGGAUUCCCCUCUGACCAGGUGGACCAAGUCUUUGCACUCCUUGUUGGGCGAUCAAGACGGUGCUUACCUCUUCCGGACUUUCCUGGAGAGGGAGAAAUGUGUGGAUACCUUAGACUUCUGGUUUGCCUGCAAUGGAUUCCGGCAGAUGAACCUGAAGGAUACCAAAACUUUACGAGUAGCCAAAGCGAUCUACAAAAGGUACAUCGAGAACAACAGCAUUGUCUCCAAGCAGCUGAAACCUGCCACCAAGACCUACAUAAGAGACGGCAUCAAAAAGCAGCAGAUUGAUUCGGUCAUGUUUGACCAAGCGCAGACUGAGAUUCAGGCUGUGAUGGAAGAAAAUGCCUACCAGAUGUUUUUGACCUCCGACAUAUACCUUGAGUAUGUGAGGAGUGGGGGAGAAAACACAGCUUACAUGGGUAAUGGGGGACUGGGGAGCCUCAAAGUCGUGUGUGGCUACCUCCCCACCUUGAAUGAAGAAGAGGAAUGGACUUGUGCAGAUUUCAAGUGCAAACUGUCACCCACAGUGGUUGGCUUGUCCAGCAAAACUCUAAAGGCUACGGCAAGUGUGAGGUCCACAGAGACUGUAGAAAAUGGAUACAGGUCUUUCAAGAGGAGCGAUCCUGUUAAUCCGUAUCACGUAGGUUCUGGCUACGUCUUUGCACCAGCCACCAGUGCCAAUGACAGUGAGAUAUCCAGUGACGCACUGACCGACGAUUCCAUGUCCAUGACGGACAGUAGCGUAGAUGGAAUCCCUCCUUAUCGCAUGGGGAGUAAGAAGCAGCUCCAGAGAGAAAUGCAUCGCAGUGUGAAGGCCAAUGGCCAAGUGUCUCUACCUCAUUUCCCGAGAACCCACCGCCUGCCCAAGGAGAUGACCCCCGUGGACCCCGCCACCUUUGCGGCCGAGCUGAUCUCGAGGCUGGAGAAGCUGAAGCUGGAGCUGGAGAGCCGCCACAGCCUGGAGGAGCGCCUGCAGCAGAUCCGGGAGGAUGAAGAGAAAGAGGGGCCUGAGCUGGCACUGAGCUCGCGAGAGGGGGCGCCCACCCAGCAUCCCCUCUCCCUGCUGCCCUCUGGCAGCUACGAGGAGGACCCUCAGACCAUUCUGGACGACCACCUGUCUAGGGUCCUCAAGACCCCAGGCUGCCAGUCGCCAGGCAUGGGCCGCUACAGCCCCCGCUCCCGCUCCCCCGACCAGCACCAGCAGCUGCAGCAGCAGUACCACCUCCUCCUCCCUCCCGGGGCCAAGCUGCCCCCCACUGCCACCUCAGCAGGCACCUUCCCCCUGCUCGGGGGCAAGGGCUUUGUGACCAAGCAGACGACGAAACAUGUCCACCAUCAUUACAUCCACCACCACGCCGUCGCCAAGACCAAGGAGGAGAUUGAGGCGGAAGCCACACAGCGGGUGCGCUGCUUCUGCCCCGGGGGCGGCGAGUACUACUGCUCCAAGUGCAAGAGUCACGCCAAGGCCACCGAGCCCACGCCAGGGUGCCAGUUAGGCGGCAGCAGAGGCAGUACCUUGCCCAAACGGAGUGGGAAAGGCAUGGAGCCGGGCCAGGCCCUGCCCACCAGGGAAGGAGGGGCUUCCGGCGGAGCUGGGGCCCUGCAGCUUCCCGGGGAGGAAGGAGACAGGUCGCAGGAUGUCUGGCAGUGGAUGCUGGAGAGUGAGCGGCAGAGCAGGGCCCAGCCAUUCAGCACCCAAAGCACAAAGAAGACCUGUCCCUUGGAGUCUGCCCGCACGUCCCCAGGCGAACGACCCAGCCGGCACCACCUGUGGGGGGGCAGCGGGCACUCUCGUGCCACCCCCCGCGCCCAUCCGUUUACCCAGGACCCUACGAUGCCUCCCUUGACCCCACCCAACACCCUGGCGCAGCUGGAGGAGGCCUGCCGCAGGCUGGCUGAGGUGUCGAAGCCCCCCAAACAGCGGUGCUGCGUGACCAGCCAGCAGAGGGACAGGAGCCACUCGGCCACUGGUCAGGCAGGAGCCACGCCCUUCUCGAUCCCCAGCCUGGCUCCAGAAGAUCACAAAGAGCCAAAGAAACUGCCAGGUGUUCACAUGCUCCAGGCCAGCGAGUUGGUUGUCACUUACUUUUUCUGCGGAGAAGAAAUUCCAUACAGGAGGAUGCUGAAGGCUCAAAGCUUGACCCUGGGCCAUUUUAAAGAGCAGCUCAGCAAAAAGGGAAACUAUAGGUAUUACUUUAAAAAAGCCAGUGAUGAAUUUGCCUGUGGAGCAGUGUUUGAGGAGAUCUGGGAUGACGAGACGGUGCUCCCCAUGUACGAAGGCAGGAUCCUGGGCAAAGUGGAGCGGAUCGAUUGAGGCUUCGGCGACUGGCUUUGGCGAACCAAGGAGCUGGAGUGCGCGGAACCUGUCCUGGGCUUGAGCAACAGCCACAGAACAUUUUGAAGGAAAAUGAAACCAAUGAAGAAGACACAGUUGAGGGAAAAAGCGGCCACUGGCCUUCGGGAGGGUGGGGGGAGGUUGCUUUUUAUUAUUCAUGAGCUGGGUACUGAGAGAAGAAAAGCCUGAACUAUUUAUUAAAAACAUGACCACUCUUGGCUAUUGAAGAUGCUGACUGUAUUUGAGAGACUGCCAUACAUAAUAUAUGACUUCCUAGGGAUCUGAAAUCCAUAAACUACAAGAAACUGUGUAUAGCUUACCUGAACAGGAAUCCUUACUGAUAUUUAUUGAACAGUUGAUUCCCCUCAUCCCCAGUUUACGGAUAUGCUGCUUUAAACCUGGAAGGGGACGGGGGAAGUUCUCAUGGUCUGAACUUCGGAGUUGAGCUAGGAGUGCAUUAAUGAUUUCUUCAUUAAAAGAGGGAUUAGGCUUUGCACUGCAUUUUCCCAAGUGAAGACAGACUUUUAAAAAAUGGUGCCCUACCAUUGACACAUGCAGAAAUUGGUGCAUUUAUUAUUAUUUUUUUUUCCUACGCUGCUCUAUUUUGUCAUAAAGGUCUUGGGGGUUGACUUAUAUCACAACACUAUCACCAUUUGGGGGUAUCCCACUAAAUGGGAUGAACCAUGGUGGAGGAGGUGGGGGAUUCAUCCUAUGACCGAGGCUCCCCAUCUUGCAGCCUCCACCAUCCCAGGUCCACACCCAGUGGCUGAGGCCUGCUAGAAUCACUACCUUGUGGUUCAAGCUCGUGCGAUUAUCAAAAUGACAGUUCCUUGUGUUUUUGUUGUUGUUGUUUGUUUUUAUUUUUUAAAAAAUCAGUCUUUGGACCACAGCCAUUCAGGAAACGUACCCCA